AGUUAUGAGAGGUCCACACCUUCUGAGCAGCACAGGACUUUGCACUCCUGCUGAAGAGGGAGAAGGCAGGAAGAUGGCUGGCUCCAGGAAGGAAGGAAGACUCUUGUUGGGGCCUUUCAUAGAGUAGGUGGAGCAGGUACCUCACCCCAUAGGUGAGCUCACCUGCCAGUCCAUUGACUGGGUGGGGCAUGUGGGCCCAGUCUGGCACAGGUGAACCUGAGGAGAGUCACAGGGACUACAGGCUGAACCAGGCCAGAGGCCGUAGCUUUAACCAGACAGCCCAGACCUGUCCAGUGCCCUGCCAGUUUCAGAUUGGGUUUGUGCCGGAGAAGGAGCCAGACCAUGUUGGGGAAGGCGGGAUCUGUGGUGUGGAUGCUCUGUGCAAUCUGGGUGGCUGCUGAUGCUCUUACCGUGGAGACUACACAGGAUAUUCUUCGGGCUGCUCGAGGAAGGAGUGUCACCCUCCCGUGCACCUACAGCACCUCUGUUUCAGACCGAGAGGGAUUCAUUCAGUGGGAUAAGCUUCUUAGAAGUCAAACGGAAAGAGUGGUCACCUGGAAUCUUGUGUCAAAGAAAUACAUCUAUGGGAACCGUUAUGAGAACCGCGUGAGAGUAUCUAACGAUGCUGAGCUGUCAAACGCCUCUAUCACCAUCGACCAGCUGACCAUGGACGACAAUGGCACCUACGAGUGCUCCGUGUCACUGAUGUCAGACCAGGAUGUCAACGCCAAGUCUCGAGUCCGCCUCUUGGUCCUCGUUCCACCCUCCAAGCCAGACUGCGGCAUCCAAGGGGAGAUGGUGAUCGGGAACAACAUCCAGCUGACAUGCCACUCUGCAGAGGGCUCUCCGAGCCCACAAUACAGCUGGAAGAGUUACAACGCCCAGAACCAGCAGCGGCCGCUCACCCAGCCAGUCUCAGGCGAGCCUUUGUUACUGAAGAACAUCUCCACGGAGACAGCGGGUUACUACAUCUGCACCUCCAGCAAUGACGUGGGGACAGAGUCCUGCAACAUCACCGUGGCACCCAGACCUCCCUCCAUGAACAUUGCGCUGUAUGCGGGCAUUGCGGGGGGUGUCUUUGUGGCCCUCAUCAUCAUCGGCGUCAUCGUCUACUGCUGCUGCUGCCGGGAAAAGGACGACAAAGCUGAAGACAGGGAGGAAGCGCGGCCGAACCGAGCAGCUUACCAAGUGCCUAAAAAGCAGCAGAUAGAAAUUUCCAGAGGGCGGGAAGACGAAGAUGACUACAGACACGAGGAUCGGAGGAGCUCGGGGCGCAGCACUCCAGACCAACCUUUCCAGUGAAGGGGCCUUCUGCCCAGUGGGAGAGGAGGGAGGGCUAGGACCCAGGCUCCUGCUCUGGCUGCCCUUCUCCCAAGUCCUGCCCCUCCCCCAGGCAUUGGUGGAUUAUUUCUUCCUGUGUAUCUGCCUCUGGGGAGCAUCACUGGCCUGGCUACUGACGUCCUACCUGAUGACCACUGAAAGGACCCUUCCUCAUUGCUAAAUCUGACUCAGGGUCUGGCCUUCUCCCUAGACCAGACAGCAUCCUCUGCCUCCCUUAUGGCUGGCAGGGUCUCCUAGAAGCUCAGCACCAUGCAGGGCUGCUUCUGCUCCGAGCUCGCCAUCCAGGCAAGCGCCAGCUUCAGAAGGUGGGAGGCUGCCCUGCCUCACCAUGCCCGACACUCAGGGGAGAACCACUGAUGGGCCUGCACUCAAUAUUUUGUUGAAUGAAGAGAAGAAAUCAACGAUAAGGUGUAGUCCCUGUGAUUUACCCAGCUUAAUUGUGCCCUCCAUGCUAAGGGGCCACGUUGGCCUCCAGCUUCCCCCUCAGCUUCAUCUCCCACCACAGUGUUUCUGUUUCUAGACAUACGCCUUCUUAGGACUUCCCCAAAUUCAGUUCCAUCUCUGCCUGUCAAGAGCCUGCUUGUCCUUAGAACCCACUAGUCUUGGAUCCCCAAAUCUUUCUUAAUCCUGUGACUGCUAACACACAGGGAGACAGUGAUGUCACUUUGUCCCACACCUAGACCUGGGCAGCAUGCAAGGCCACCAGAGAUACACUUCCUGCUGAAUUAGAGUAGGUGCCCUGGAGAGGGUCUGGAUCUUGGUCUGGCAGCCUCAACUGGGGACUUGCCCUCAUAGCCAGUGCUUUGCCUCCUGGGUGUGACUUGGGACACCUGGUGACUCCACCCAAGCCCUGUCUUAGUCUGGCUAGGUGGGCAGACUGAUUUAAAAUGAGCACAGACAAAAGGUUACUUCCCUCCCACCUCUGCCCAGCCAUGGCCUCUGAAUGCCAGCUGCCCUGCCUGAUGCAAUCCACCCUUUUCGUCACUCUCCAGGGCUCUCUCAGGCCAUAUGAGCUGCUCCAAAUGUGUUUUACGACUGGAUAAAGUUUUCUAGAUCACCAGAUAAGCAACUGUAUCAAUCCCUUUCCCUCUUCUGAUUUUAUGUACACUUAUAUUUUAUAUACUUUGCUAAACUCUUUGUUUCAAUCAAAAUGCUUCUUUAUCAAUAAAGUUACUGGUGGAAAUUCA